AUCGAUAGUCAAGUCGUGCCUCGCACGUUUUUUUGUAAACAACCGAAGAAAUAUUUAAAUUAUCACAAAAUGGGAGCAUUGGCAGAGCUGGCUGGCGAUGAGAAGAACGGCGAAGGCUCGCGGACUUUUGUGUUUAGCAACGAGGGACACACGCUGGGCAAUGCGCUGAAAACCAUUAUAGCCCGCUAUCCAGAGGUGGAUUUCUGUGGCUAUACCAUUCCCCAUCCCACCGAGCAGAUGUUGCACUUCCGCAUCCAAUCCCAUAGAGAUCGAGCCAUUGAUAUACUCAAGCGGGGACUGGAGGACUUGGAAGGACUAUGCGAUCACACAAUCGUUACUUUUGAAAAGGAGAUGUCUAACUUUAAUGCGGUGAAGGUGGAGAAUACAUAAGGAUUAUAUAUAGAGUAAA